GGCUCGUAAGUCACUGCAAGUCUUUUCGCAGAUUUUGUGUGGAUUGUAGACUAUGGCCUGGUAUCACCGAUGGGACUUGAUUAUAAUAAACCACCCAGCCUGUUGUCCGUCUCGACCUCCCGUUUUCUGUUUGGCUCCUGCUCUCCUUUUCUCGUUUUCCUGGCUAAAAUUUCCGCCUUUCUUUUCUCCUUCCUCCUGACUGUUGCUUCUCUUUGACCAAGGAUUUGUUCUUUUACACCAGAUCAGGACGGUUGGCUUCGAAAUUUGGGAAAGGGGAUAAUAGGGGUCCACCAUCCGCACACACUCAGCCGUAUAACCCCCAGCUCUUCGAAUUCUUCAUCGGUUGACACCCUCACCUUCACGCUGAUGUCAAAAGUCGAAACCUAAAACAACAAAAACAAGAGAGGAAACUUCUACAAGAUGGAUAAACAGCCCGAGGAUAAACAACCCGAGUACACUCAGACGGAGAAUGUCGCCGAGAAGCCGCGCAAGCGUGGCUGCGCCGGCCACUGCUUGAAGUUUUGGUGGGCCUACUUGAUCGCCGUCAUUGUCAUCGUUGUCAUCGUUGUCCCUGUUGUUAUCCUUGUUGGCGUUCCCAAGAUCGCUCAACAGAAGCUGGACCAUGCCGAGCUCAUCCUUGACAGCAUCGUAAUGACCAAUGCCCGGGCUCAAAACUUCACCAUGUCUAUCAACACUGAGAUCAAGAGUGACGGAAAGGUCAAGGCCACCAUUGAGCCUUUCGAGGGCGUCAUGUACCUUGAGGAUCUACCGGAGCACAAGCCUUUUGCCAAGGUUCACUUCCCUGAGACCACCAGCGCCAAGUCCCAGAUUAUCAACAUCACCCAGUUUACCAUGAUCGAUGAUCUGGAUGCUUUCACCACCUUCAACACCUGGCUUCUGCACAACGAGACUUUUAGGGUUACCGUCGAGGGUGACACCAAGGUUCACGUCAAGGGUAUUGCCAGGGCCUAUGGCGUUACGUUCAAGAAGACCAUUGACAUGCCCGGCCUCCGUAUGCUUGACGGAACCACUGUAACCAAUACCACCGUCAACGCCACUGCUCCCAAGGGCCAGAACAACUUCUUCGGUACCGUCAGAAUCCCCAACUACUCCAAGGUUGCUUUCGAGCUUGGCAAUACUUCCUUCCACAACUACCUCCUUGACAAGGAAAUCGGCACUGUCUAUCUCGACAACCUUUCACUCAAGCCCGGCAACGACAACGUUUAUCCUAUGCGCGCCACCAUCGACGACCUCGGCUACGUCACUGGCCUUGCUGUGCAGAAACCUUAUUGCGACAAGCUCAACGGCGUCCUCCCCUUUAAGCUUCGGGGCAAGAGCGUCAUCAACCAUGGCGAAAGCCUCUCCUAUUUCGCCGAUGCCUUGGCUUCCGGAAAUCAGACCGUCCAGAUCGACAUCCGUGGCACUGUCAAGCGCUCGAUGGGUUUUACGCUCGGUUGCACCGAUGAGUAAACCAUCCGGACUGUCAAUACGUGUUUUGAUGUUCGAAUACCCAUGGAUGGCGAGGUUACGCGGAAACGUUGCCUAGUGGCAUGUUACGCACUUGAGCGAUCCAAUUCACUUUUUCUUCGCACGCCACAUUGUGCCUACAAUGUGUACAGGCUCACGCCGCCACUUCAUUUCUGCCUUGGUUUGGAUAAAUAGGGGGUCAUUCAUGUUUAAUGCUUAUGUGUUUAAAGAUACCACGGGACUGCACAGGGCCAGGGAUGAUGAGAUAUGGUCGAGAUUGGACAAAAACUGGAUUGAAGAGCUUCUGUCGAGAUGAGGAAUGCAGAGAGCAACAUGUUGAAACGCAUUUCUUAUGAAUCUAAAAUGUGUAAGAGUGUUCACCGGCUUCGCUCGUUGCCAUGACAGGAUCAAAAGUAGAAAAAUAAUUAAAAGAUACCAUCCAUCUUGCGAAACUC